GGUAGCUUUAGACACUGAUUAAAGAAACCGGCAGUCAGAUUCAAACAUGUUACCAUCACAGCCACUUAUCACGAAUUUCGAGGAUGAUACAGACCAUCCGGAGUUCAGCCCAGACAGCAAAUAGCCCAGGCGACUCCUCAACGUCUCCGAUAUGACCUCAUAUAAAUGGCAGCCUGAUAACACGUACGGCGGAAUCUCGAACCCAUCGUAUUCAGUUAUUUCAUACACCUGGGGAAGGUGGAGAUUGGCUGAGAACUCCUGCACUGAUUCUCUCCCAGUCAGAGGUGUGCCCUGGCAAGUUCCAAAGGUUGACCCAAAGCACUUUACCAUCAAACAAUUUCAACGUGUGCUAGACAUCAUCGUCAACCGAGAAGACAAAUUUGAUGCCGCUGCACCUUUCGUUUGGCUUGAUGUCGCAUGCAUCCCACAGUGGAAGCACAGCACCAUUGCGGAUUCAGAAGUCGGGCGUCAAGCGAGAAUCUUUCGCGGUGCCAUCAAGGGCUAUAUGUGGUUGACCACAGCGGAUCCCGCCACGCUGGCGAUGCUUUUCUCAAAGGAACUCCAUGACAAGACGCGUGACCCAAUCUCAGAUCUGCAGAGCUUCUGUCAUCUCCUCGAGGACCCUUGGUUUUGGUUUAUGUGGACACUCCAAGAGUCUUUCAUCCAAGGGGACGCAUACAUCAUCGCGGGCUCGGACUUUUGCUUUAUGACAGGACAUAAACGACCACUUAACCUCUACCAAAUCCGGGGUCUCGCUAUGCACUAUACCGGAGACGUAUCGUACACGCCCCGAUACGACCACAGGAAAAUAGAAGUUGAACUGUCUAAGUUUGCGGAUAUGUGGCGGCGUUCGGGUCUACAGGGACCACUGAGUGCCUCCCCCAUGCAAGUGUUGGCGUGCGCAUUUUUCCGCACCUCGGAACACGUACUGGACCGAGUCUACGGCAUAAUGCAAAUAUUCGGAGAUGAGUUCCGGGUUGGAAAGGCGAGUGAAGGAGGUGGCCCAAAACAAACAUUCACCCUUGAGGAACUGGAAGACGCGCUGGGGGUCCUCGUUGUGAACCGAUUUCCCACGAUUAGUCAACUUUUUUACCAUGAAGAAACACCACUUGCAGGGAGGGCAUGGCGAAUAUGCGGCAGGGCCUCAGUCCCAAGGCCUCUAGCCUACGAAUCCGCCCGAUUCAAUGACAAACUGAGUACACCUGGUUCGCGAAGGGAGACUUCUCGAUUCUACCUCAAGAUCACAACGGAUCAUCUAGACGCCACAACAUGGGGCAAGUUUGAAUGCAGAGUUUGUCUUCUUAGAACAAUCACCAACUGCCUAGAAUCGCCUUCUUUCGCGCCUGAGUGGAGUACUAUGGAAUGUUACUUCGACGCAGGCGCGGGCGUGCCAGCACAUGCCGGGGAUAAAGGACAGAGAGUGUACUCCCUUCAAGAUAUUCAACCUGUGACUGACCACUUUGGGCCUAUCGAGCUCAUGGCCGUUCUUUUAUCUACUCGAGUAGAUCUUGAAGUCGGUAAAACAUGUAAAGUAAACGGGUUACUAAUUCUAAGACCGGGAAAAGCGGCUCUCGAAGUCCACAGAAAUCGUCGAGGCUGGUAUUCGGGCUUGGACGGUGUGGGCAUAUUGGCCUGGGCACGCGUGGGUGUGUUUCAACUAGAAUGGUAUGAGGAACGGGACAAGGUCACUUUCAAAUACAUGAAAGACCAGGUCAAGACUCUGUUUCGUGUAUCUGAGUACUGGGGAGAUGCAGAUGGGAUAUGGGGGUAA